AUGGGAAAGCCAAGAAAGGAAACUGGAAGAGAAAGGAUCAUUAUUGCGCGUUUCUUAAGAUUUUCAGACCGAGAACGGGUGCUCAAAUGCGGACGUAAACUCAAGGAAACAGGAUACAAGAUGUAUGAAGACCUCCUGAAAGAAAUCCACGAGAUGCGAAAGCUCCAAAUGGAGAAGUUAAAGAAUGCCAGGAAGGACGGUAAACGUGCUUAUUUCAGUAGAUCGGAGCCCGACAAACUAUGUGGGAUUGGUUAACUUAUUUUCGCCCUCAGUCUUCGUUUUCGUUCUCGUUUUCGUUUUAUGUUCAUGUAGUUUUAUCGCAGUCUGUUAGAUACCAAUUUAUUUCAUUCAAACCGCAUUCGAUUUUUAAACCCGGCUCAUUUUCAUAUUUUAAGAAUGUAAUAUCUAUCAACUUACUCUUAUGAAUAACGUUUGCUUUAAUGUUCUAUCCUUGAAUGUUAGAGGAAUUCGUGAUCUCAACAAACGCAAAUCGAUCUUUACAUGGGCUAGGAACCAGAAAGCGGAUAUUAUUUUUUUGCAAGAGACAUAUAGUACGCCAGAUGUUUUUGAUAGUUGGAAAUUUCAGUGGCUGGGAGAUAUGUAUUAUUCGCACGGAUCCAAUCAUAGCAAAGGCGUUCUGGUGUUAAUACGUGAGACCCUUCAAUUUGAGUUGAAGUCGGUCAAGAAAGAUAGCCAGGGCAGAUUCGUCAUCGUUGAAGCGUUAGUUCAAGAUUCUCCCGUUUUGUUGAUCAAUAUUUAUGCUCCUAACAAUACCCAUGACGCUGUUGACUUCUAUGAAAACCUUAGGACUACUUUACUUGAGAGCGACUAUGACCAGGACUACAGGUUUAUUAUGGGAGGUGAUUUUAAUGUGCCAUUAAGUCUUCAACUUGAUAGCUAUGGAAGUAAAACAGAAAAAAAAAGACGUGGUAACCAAAAUCCGCGAGCUAAUGUUAGACUUUAACCUAGUAGAUAUAUGGAGACUUAGGAACCCGGAUAAAAAGCGUUACACGUGGAAACAAAAUAAGCCUUUAGUCCAACGUCGGUUAGACUACUAG